AUGGCAAGAUACUACUACAAUAAUUCAUACUAUGACUAUCUCCAAUACCUUUCCUUCCCUAUUCACUUCUUCUUCUUCCUAACAGUACUCUUCCUGUUCUUAUCAUUCACAUGGUACAUCAACUAUGAGUCGAAGUACGAGGAAAUGAUGUAUCAUUUGAAGCUCUUGCUGAUGAUUCUUCCUGUCAUGUUGUUGCUGGCGGUGCACUGGCUGUCGAGUGAAGAUACCGAAAAGGUGCCAUUCGUGGUUUCUUUACCUGGUGAGAGAGACUCGCUUCAUAGGAUCGGAGGAUCGCCUCUUGGAGUUUUGAUUCUGCUCAUUUUCCUCAUUUUCAUGAUCUCUCACCAUACUUCUUUUCAAGAGCGUUGGUUCCCCUUGUUUUACAGAAGAUACUAG